ACGUAGAAUACAGGGAGGUAGGGAAGGAGACAACAAUGAGCUUCUAUUUUACAAUGUGGCAAAUUGUAUAAUUCAAGCUACAGCCAUGAGCAGUAAAUAUGGAACAUAUUCUUUUGGAAUAACAUCUGCAGCGAUGGAUUUGUGUACUGUUCUAUACAAGAUGUCGGUUGGAAUAAAUGCGUUAUAGCGGACCAAGGAUGACAAAGAGAAAGGGAUACCGAGACUGGCGAUGGCAGGCGCUAUUUUGGCAUCAUUUCUUUCUCUUGUGGAGUACAAUAGACGGACAGACUCGUUACAGCAUCCAGGAGGAACUGAAACAGGGCUCUGUGGUAGGAAAUCUAGCCAAAGAUCUGGAUUUGGGACUGUCAGACAUUUUUGAGCGUAAGCUGCGUGUCGCCUCUGAGGCUGGUAAGCAGUAUUUCAGUGUGGAUGCGGGGAAGGGCGAGCUGAUAGUAAAUGACAGAAUAGACAGAGAGGCAUUAUGUGGACAAAGCGCCAGCUGUGUUCUACCUCUGCAGGUUGUAAUUGAAGAUCCUUUACAACUGUUUCGCGUUGAAGUAGAAAUUCAAGACAUAAAUGACAAUGCGCCUAGAUUUCCAUCGAAUGAUAUCGCGUUGGAGGUUGCAGAAUCCACGGCUUUAGGGGUUCGUUUUCCCUUAGAGAGUGCUAUAGACCCAGAUUCUGGCAGUAAUUCAGUAAAGACUUACACUCUGAGUAGAGAUGAAUGUUUUAAUAUUAGACUUAAAGAGGUUGCCGGUGGGAGAAAAGUCCCUGAAUUGAUUUUAGUAAAAACUUUAGAUCGAGAGAAAAAGGCUGUUCAUAAGCUUUUGUUGACAGCUCUCGAUGGAGGCAACCCAGUAAGAUCAGGGACCGCUCAGUUAUCUAUAACAGUCCUUGACAACAACGACAACGUCCCAGCUUUUGAGAAACCGUUAUAUAAAGUUUCCAUUAGUGAAAACGCUGCAGAAAGAGUCCUGAUAGUGCAAACAAAAGCGACAGACAUGGACGAUGGCCAAAACGGAGAGAUAGAAUACUCUUUUGGAGCUCACACAUCAGAGUCUGUUCUCUCUGUUUUCACUAUUGAUCAAACAACAGGCACAAUAUUUCUAAAUGGUAUACUCGAUUUUGAAGAGACCGCAAAUUAUGAACUAGACGUCAGUGCUAAAGACAAAGGCAGUCCAAGAAUGGAGGGACACUGCACUGUGCAAGUGGAAGUUUUAGAUGUCAACGAUAAUGCCCCAGAAAUCAUACUCACGUCUCAUCCAAAACCAGUGCGCGAAGACUCUCCUAAUGGGACCGUAGUAGCUUUGAUCAGUACCCGAGACCUCGAUUCAGGUGUUAACGGUAAGGUAACAUUACAGCUCCCAAAGAAAUGUCCAUUUGUCUUAAAACCGUCUUUUUCUCAAAAUUAUGCUCUGAUUACCAGCGGCGUUUUAGAUCGAGAAAAUGUCUCUCAUUAUAAUAUUGAGAUAACAGCCACUGAUUCAGGCUCUCCUCCUCUGUCCAAUAAGAAAACUAUACCUGUCAGCAUCACUGAUGUGAAUGACAACCCUCCUGUAUUCACUCAGCCCUCCUAUAAUGUGUAUUUAAAAGAGAAUGGAGUACCAGGCUCUAUCCUGUACUCAGUAUCAGCAUCUGACCUGGAUUUUGGUGAAAACGCCAAAAUCUCUUAUUCUAUACUGGACUCUAAAGUGCAGGACGUUUCUGUGUCCUCUUAUGUUUACAUUAACUCAGAUAACGGCAGCAUCUACAGCAUGCACUCGUUUGACUAUGAGAAACUGAAGGUGUUUCAGAUUCAGGUUCAGGCAAAGGACCAGGGCUCUCCUUCUCUCAGCAGCAACGCCACUGUCCAUGUUUUUAUCCUGGACCAGAACGACAAUGCCCCCGCUGUUAUUUACCCCUCCUCCGCUGCCAUGGGCUCCCUCUCUCAUCAGAGGAUGCCUCGCUCGGCUAAAGCGGGUCACCUGGUUACUAAGGUGACAGCCGUGGACGCAGACUCGGGCCACAACGCGUGGAUCUCCUACAAAGUGUCGGAGGCCACAGACGCCUCUCUGUUCACUGUCAAUCUGUACACAGGGGAGGUGAGGACUAAACGCGCUGUGUCCGAGCAGGACGACUCCUCUCAGAGGCUGCUUAUAGAGAUCAAGGACGACGGGGAACCGGUCCAAUCCGCCACCGUCACGGUGUCCAUCCUUCUUGAGGACGGUCUCCAUGAGCCCAUCUUAGACCUCCGACAGAAAGCGGUCGAGCCCAGCAAGAAAACUGGCAGAAUCACCCUUUAUUUGAUCCUUUCUCUGGCCUCGAUUUCCGUGUUGUCUCUGGUGACUUUUCUCAUCUUAACGGUGAAAUGCAUCAGGAACAGCAGAAGCAGCGCGAGUUGCUGCACGAGACAGAGUGACUGUGACGAUUACAAGAACCCCAACAGAAACCUGCAGAUUCAGCUCAACACUGAUGGACCUAUAAAGUACGUGGAGGUCCUGGGAGGAGACAUGUUGUCUCAGAGUCAGUCCUUCAGGUCCUGUAUGUCUCCCAUGUCAGAGUACAGUGAUUUCACUCUGAUUAAACCCAGCAGCACCACUGACUUUAAGGAGGUCAUCAGUGUCCUGGAUGCGUCUUUACCCGACAGCACCUGGACCUUUGAGAGCCAGCAGGUGAGCUGAGAAAUAAUCAUUUAU